AUGGUCGUUAGAUUCAAUCCUUCGGAACCCAGUAAAUUCUUAGUGAUGGAAAAGUCGGGCGUUACAAGAAUCUUCAGUACUUUAAAUUUUUCUCCAGUAACUUCUUUGAGCAACAACUUUAGCUGUCAAGACCCGGCUCUUGAUACUGAUUGGUCGUCCUGCAAUCCCACUCAUAUUGCGACAUCAUUAGGAGGUCGAAUUCAAAAUUGGGAUUUAGAGGCAUUAAGGCUUCCAGAAGACACUACAACAGUUUCUUGUGAAAUGGUCCGAAAAGUACGCUUUCAUUCUACCAUCGAUACAUUGAUUGCCGUUCUUGGAUCACCAGGCCCUGUUGUGACCGUACUCCGUUCAUUAGGACCAGUAAUGAUAACGGAUUCGUUAAUGGCUGCCAGCGAUCUAAGUUGGCAUUAUUCUUUACCCCUUCUUGCUGUAGCAAACGAUCGAUCUGUACGAUUUUGGAAAUUGCUACUAAAAUAA